GGCCUGGGCACAAGAUGGCCGCUGCGCGCCCGGAGCCCCGGAGUCCGAGCUCAGCGGCCCCGGAGCCGAGAUCCCCGGAGCCUCCGGACCUGGUCCUGGUGCCUGAUGAUAGCCGCCCGGCCACCCCCCCGAGUGACCUCAUCGAGAUCCAGGUGGUGAAGGUGACGGACACCACGCUGGUACCUGAGCCCCCGGAGCCAGGUUCUCUCCACUGUGCCUUGUGCCCAGCUGUCUUCCGGCUGGUCUCCGAGCUGCUGUUCCACGAACACGGCCACCUGGCGGGGGCUGAGGGUGGUGGGCAGGGUGGGGACCCAAGCCGGUGUCAUGUGUGUGGCCACAGCUGUCCAGGCCCCGCCAGCCUCCGUGCCCACUACAGCCUGCACACAGGAGAGCGGCCCUACCGCUGCCCGCUCUGCCCCCGGGCCUUCAAGGCCCUGGCACCUCUGCUGCGGCACCAGCACCGACACGGGGUGGAGCCGGGGACCUCUCAAAGGCCUCCGGAGGCGGCGGCGGCUCAAGAACAGCGGCCCGGGGUGCCCCAGGAGAGGUCGGAGGUGGUGAUGGCUGCGGCGGCCGCAGGCGCGGCGGUGGGGAAGCCUUUCGCCUGCAGGUUCUGCGCCAAGCCGUUCCGCCGCUCCUCAGACAUGCGAGACCACGAGCGGGUGCACACGGGCGAGCGGCCCUACCACUGCGGCGUGUGCGGCAAGGGCUUCACCCAGUCCUCGGUGCUCAGCGGCCACGCCCGCAUCCACACUGGCGAGCGCCCCUUCCGCUGCACCCUCUGCGAUCGCACUUUCAACAACUCCUCCAACUUCCGAAAGCAUCAGCGCACCCACUUCCACGGGCCGGGACCGGGGUUGGGAGACUCUGGAAGCCAGCUGGCAUCGGGGGCCGACGGGUCAGGGAGUGGGUGUGGGGCAGGAAACACUCUGGAAGAGGGACGUGGGGAGACCGCCAAAGUGAAGGUGGAGAUCGACCAGUAGUCUGGGAGAGCAGGAACGUGGGAGGUAGGCGGCAGGUUGCAGGGGAGGGGUGGGUGGGAUACGGAGGCAGGGGAGGAAGGGGAGAGGUUGGGGGAGAGGUGACGUAAGAGCCCACGGAGAUGGCAACGAGCGGCCAGGGUGGGUGAGCAGAGGGAGAAGCGGGCUCAGGACGCUCACAAGCCACCCAGCACCCGCAUGAGAUUCAGAGGAAGGCACAGAGGCAGCCCUGUGGAUGCCCAGCAAAUGCAAGGAACACGGGCUCGAUUUCAUUGCCCCGUUUGCCCCCCUGAUGGGUUGUCCUCGCGCAAGACACAGCUUGCGGCAGCAGAGCUGAGCACUGCAGAGGGGGGACCAGGAUGGAACAUUUUGCCUACCUCACUGGAUUGCACUGACCAUGGGAUGCCUACCCGUCCUCAGGCAGAAGAUGCCCACCGGGUCCUCCAUAAAGAGACUGGGACCCCAUCACCUCAAAGCCAGAGGGUCCCCAAGUCAUAGCCAGGAGCGCUCAGGUCGCAAGGAUGGAAGCCUGACCGUAAGAAUUUUGACUGCAGGAGCUACCAGCCCUGCUCCCAUGUGGUCCCUCCCUAAGCCACCCAGACUCCUCUUCCAAGGCAACUGAAAACCCAGACCACAAACAGUCACCUAACAUCCCCCUCCUAAAGCUUCAGGCUCAGAGCCCAUGGUCCCCCAGGUCUACACAGUAGCCUCAAGUUUCUCUAACUACCUUCACUCCCAAUUUGAAGCAAACCGCUUACAGCUUGGUCCCAAGCUAUGCCAAGGAAUGGUUGGUGGGUGGCAGUGUGGUGGCCUGGCUGGUGUCUGGCGGCUGGGGAACAGGAGUUGGGUCACUGGGGGGUUGGGCAGAGGAGGAGCUGCAGGUGGGAAGCCUCCAGUUCUGUUCCCAUUAAAGGACUUUAUGAAGGG